UUACAGUUCCCUGGUCUCAUUUAGGUCAACGUCACUUAGAUUAGUGACUGUGUUUAUUUAGCAUAGUACACGGUUCUUUGCGACGGAGAACCAAGUAAAGAUAGAAAGGUUUUCUCAGAUAUUUCGAAGGUGCAAAUAUUCUCUCAGGUGUCAGUGCCUGAUCUAACUGCCUACCGAAUCUGACAGACAGUCGCGCCGAUUUGCACAUUUUGUAAUCGACCGUGAGCCCAGGCAGUUCUUGUCAACGGGAGUAAAGCGGGCUGUGAAUUACUAGCUAGCUACUAGGACACCAAAGUAGCUAACUAAUCAUCGAAAAGAAACCAGGGAGGAGAUUCAGGAGUUAACACCAAGAGCUCUGGAGAAGCGGGUGAAAUAGCUAGCAAAAUGCCUUUACACUGAAAAUGGGUGACGUGUGUAAAUAGCUAGAAGCUAGCUUAGCAUGCUGCAAACGCAACUGUCAAAGCCAGCUAGUUAGGGAUUUUUUGCUACCACUAGUUAACUGAUUAUCAUUGCUACUGUUAUAGCAAUAACCUUAACUAGCCAGUUAUUCAUCGCUAAACCGUGUCGACGCAUAUGUUGAUAGUGAGUUAGCUAGCUAGUUGGCUAUUUAGCUAGCUAGCUAUUAUGACAGGUGACACCUUGGUAGCUAGCUAGCUAGCGCCUGGAAAUCUAACGAGGAGGCUGUUCAAUAAGAUAGCUAACUUGUUAACUAACCUAAAUUGGCUACGCUGGCUACGGUCAUUCAAUUAUCAAAAUCUGAUAGCUAGCUAGGCGUUCUGUGGAUAGGUAUUGAUUGCAAACCAAUCGGCACUUGGCUAUCACCACCGGAAAAUGAAGAAGUUCUUCGAUUCACGCCGGGAAAUUGUGAGUUCCGGGCCUGCUUCUGGAGCGGGUGGAGGAGGCAUUGGGUCAGGCAGCAGCGGUGGCAGUUUCAUUGGACGGGUUUUCACCAUUGGACGGUAUCAAGUGACCGUUGAUGAAACUGUUGCUGAAGGAGGCUUUGCCAUUGUGUUCCUGGUGCGGACCAACCAGGGGGUGCGCUGUGCUCUGAAGAGGAUGUACGUCAACAACGAGCACGACCUGCAGAUCUGCAAGCUGGAGAUCCAGAUCAUGAGGGACCUCGUGGGCCACCGGAACAUUGUGGGUUUCCUGGACUCCAGUAUAACUGCAGUGGGAGCAGGAGAUGUCUGGGAGGUCCUCAUCCUCAUGGACUUCUGUCGUGGUGGUCAAGUGGUGAACCUGAUGAACCAGCGUCUGCAGACAGGCUUCACUGAGGCAGAGGUGCUGCAGGUCUUCUGUGACACCUGCGAGGCCGUGGCCCGCCUCCACCAGUGCAAGACGCCAAUCAUCCAUCGAGAUCUCAAGGUGGAGAAUAUCCUGCUCCAUGACCGGGGGCACUAUGUGCUGUGUGACUUUGGCAGUGCCACCAACCGCUUCCAGAACCCUCAGACAGAGGGCGUUCCACUGGUGGAGGAGGAAAUCAAGAAGUACACUACUCUGUCAUACCGAGCCCCAGAGAUGAUCAACCUCUAUAAUGGCAUGGUCAUCACUACAAAGGCAGACAUCUGGGCUAUGGGCUGCCUGCUGUAUAAGCUGUGCUACUUCACCCUGCCAUUUGGGGAGAGCCAGGUGGCCAUCUGUGACGGCAGCUUCACUAUUCCAGACAACUCCCGCUACUCCCAGGACAUGCACUGCCUCAUCAGAUACAUGCUGGAGCCUGACCCUGAGAAGAGACCAGAUAUCUACCAAGUGUCCUACUUCGCCUUCAGGCUGGCCAGGAUGGAAUGCCCCAUCCAGAAUGUACAUAACUCCCCUAUUCCUACAAAACUCCCCGAACCAAUCAGAGCCAGCGAAGCUGUGGCCAAAAAGAGUCAAUCCAAAGCCAGGCUCACAGACCCCGUACCCACAAUGGAAACCUCCAUCGCACCCCGUUCACGGCCCAAAGCUGGAGGGGCCCAGCCCAUAGGCAUCCUGCCCAUCCAGCCGGCCCUCACACCACGCAAGAGACCCAACGUGGCUGCAGGAGGGCCCCAGCCCAUAGGUGUUUUAGGCGCUGCCCAUCCUGCUGCUGCUGUCCAAUCAGUUCAGCAGGCACCUACUGCACAGGCCACACCCCCACUGUCUCAGACCACCUCUUCGCAACCCAUGGCCACGCCCCAGCAUCAGCAGGGUCUCUUCAUGAAGCAGCAGGUGGCAGACUUUUUCAGCCCACAGCAGCAAGUCAACCAGCAGCAUCAGCUGGUGCAGACCCUCUACAAACGGCAGCAGCAGCAGCCUCCCAUGCUGGCCCCCCAGGGCUCUGUGGCUGUGCAGCCCAAAGCUAAUCCUGCGGCUCCAGUUGCUCCUCUGCAGCCACCAACCGGCCCUGUGCUCCCCUACCCCCAAACAGCAGCUCCCCCUCCAUCUCAGCCUGCACCUGAUUCCGACUCUGACUGUGACUCUGAGCCCAUGCCUCUGGCCUCUGGCCGUGGGCUCCACAAGGUUGGCUCCCUGACGCCCCCCUCCUCCCCAAAGAUGGCCCCCCGGGGUGGCCACAGGCGCAUCCUGAGCGACGUCACCCACAGUGCUGUGUUUGGGGUCCCAGUCAGCAGGUCCACCCAGCUACUGCAGGCAGCUGCAGCCGAGGCCAGCCUCAACAAGUCCAAGUCAGCCAGCACCACCCCCUCUGGCUCCCCCUGCUCCUCCCAGCAGAGUGUGUACCAGCCAGGUGAGGGCGGUGCCCAGACAGCUCCCUAUGCACCCACUGGCAGCUGGAACCCAUUUGGUGACGACAACUUCUCCAAGCUCACUGCCGAGGAGCUACUCAACAAGGACUUUGCCAAGCUGGUCGAGACUACAACAGGGGAGAGGGCCAGCCUCUCCACAGAGAACCUCAUUCCAGGGCUGCAGCCUGUCUCUGCUGCUGGUGCCACAGGCAAGGCUUUCCCAGAGAAACUGAUUGAGGGACUGAAGUCCCCCGAGACUUCUCUGCUGCUCCCUGACCUUUUACCCCUGGCUGACCCCUUCAGCAGCUCUGGAGAGGGCAACAGCAAUGCAGCAGCGAAGGCUGAGAUGUAUGUGGACUCUCUGAUCCCAGGUCUGGAGACAGUCUCAGCCAGCCUGCCAGACCCUCUGGCUGGGGAGGGCUCUCUGCUGGGCUGCUCUCUGCUGUCUCAUACCUCCACCCCUGGGGCUCUGCCUGUCUGUGUACCCCCAUCCUCCUGCUCCUCUGCCCCCCCAGGCUCUGCCUCCUGUCUGGAUGAGCUGGCUCCUGUCUCAUUUGGCACUGCCCAGGCACCUGCUGACUCUGCUUACCUCAUGUCGGGCUUCCAGCCGCUCGAGGCUGGGAAGAAGGGCACUGAGGACGAGUUUGACCCCAUCCCCGUGCUUAUCUCCAAAAACUCCAACAACCAAGGUGGUCACUCGCGCAGCAACAGUGGCAGUUCAGAGUCCAGCAUCCCCAACAUGGCCCGCUCCCUUCUGCUGGUGGAUCAGCUCAUCGACCUCUAGGGGGGUGGGAGAGAGAGGUCGAAGGGGCAGCGUGCAAUCGUAACACGUAGGGGAUGGAGAGGGGGCAGCAGAGGCACUUAUGUAGCACCUUGUGAGGUGAAAUGGAGGAACUUUAAUGUGGACUAGUGAGAACUUUCUCUGGUGUACCUCCUUGCCCCCGCCUUCAUCUCUUGCUUACCUGAUACAAGGGUUUCAAACCAUUCAUUCUGGCCGUUGGCAUUCCCAUGUUGGUAACAACAUUGCAUUAACCCCCCGCCCUGACACAUUGUCUGCUUCUGCCUUGGCUGCAAUAUAGUCAUUAUCAUACUUUCAUCCAUCUGUCGACAUUCCUCAUUGUCCUUCCAUGCAGAUUCAACCCCACCUUAUGCACAUACUGCCUGGCUUGCCCAUAACCCUAUUGUCUUUGCUGUGUUCUACAAUGUUUGAUCACUUAUACAAUCCACCCCUGGCAAAUGUAUUUGUCACAGGUCUGACCAUGUAACACAACAGUACCAUACUUCUAUCUCUCCUGGUUAUCUGUAUGCACUCUUCCUGUAGCAGCUAUGACCAUGUAGAGUCUAGAGAGCAAAGCAGUUGCCCUUUAGAAUAGCAUAUGCUGACUGAACUAUCCAGAGCUGCUUGCAUUGGGCAUACAGGGGGGACUAAUAAUGACAAUAAGCUGUCAGUCCUUGGUCUUCUGCUGUGUGUUUAACUGUUAUCAAACUGCUGUGGUCCACUGCUGCCCCUUGGGAAUGUUUGGCUGUCUGUUGCAAAUGUUGUGGUUGCAAAUGUUGUAAGAUGUCUGUCAUUGUAAUCUCAAAAGCACUUGUGCAACAUGCACCGUUAUGGUAGACAUCUGAUCUCUCUACAGGCUGUCGCUAGCUAACCCCAACUGGCGCUGAUAUUCAGGUCUACUACAACAACCAUCUCCUUGACUGUGCAACCAUGUUUAUCUUGGCUGUGCUUUACGUAAGAGCUACAAUCUCAGUUUAUCUGAAGCUUUCCUGGGAUUAUUGUUCCUGUGCUGUGAAUUUCCUGUAGUCCUUUAAGAUUAUAUUGAGCUGGUGCAUCUUUUUCCUCUCACUAUGCCUCUAAGUAUAAGAAUUAUCUGGAAAGGUUGAUGCAAUCGUGGUAUUAUUCUAAAUGUAUGAUUCAUUUCAAUGCCCUUGUCAUUUGGUCAUAAUUUAAAACGGAUGCUCAACAACUUUCUCUCUUGGGCAGAAAGCAUGCUAAAUGGCUAUUGAUCAUGUUUAUUCCAAUAAGAGCUUUAUUGGUUUUAUUUGGGUUUGUUUGAUUCUAUCCUCGGCCCAAUGGCAAGGUUAACAGCUAUAAAUUCAGAGAAUGUGAGAUAGAAAUUAGUGCCAUAUUGAGCAUGGGUACUAGAGGAGAAUAAGACUCACAGGGACAACAGAACAGUGCAAUGGUCAUAUCGUAUUGUGGUUGUUUAGUGAGAGUCAGCUGAUAUUUACCAGUGAGCCAGCAGAGCAAAGCAUAGUGAGAAGUAGGUGCAGCUUGUGUUUUGUCUGUCUGCUUGUGUUGUGCUGGCGUGGCUCUACAGUACAGGCAAUCAGUUUCUCUAUUUGUUCCAUGUGCCUCUGUUGCACAUGUUCAUAAUCAUUCAUAUCCACCUCCCGUUUGUCUACCCAUCCAUACCACUCAAACACACACACACACACCUUGAUGUUGCUUGCCUAUGAUAUAAUGUCCAACUCAAAUCUUGACAAAUAUCCAUUCCCCACCAACUCUGAUGUAUAGAAAACCACUGUUUCAAUGUCCUCAUUCUCCCUUUGCAAAGAAGUAGUUCAAGUACAUUUUAAAAGUGUUUAAUAUUUUUAAAAAGACAUGUCAUAUCACAGUAUGAAUAAAUGUGACUAUUGAUAGUACUAUAGAAUGAAUGUAUGAAGUGAGUCAAUAUGAAAUAUAUAACAUUCAUAACAAGUACAUAUAGGUGAAUGAAAAAAGUUUAUUUCUGUGUAUUAUUUAUGAAGCUGUAUUUAAAGACUGCUAUCAUCGUGUCCCUCCUUUUUGUCCAAAGUAUUUUUGUCUAUCCUUGGUCGUGUGGAAGACUAUUUUAGCGUAGAGAAGCAACUAGCCCCAUGGUUUUAGCCAUCUUAAUGUGGUUGUGUUCUGAGGAUAGCAUUGUGCACUGUACCUCAUUGAGGUAUUAUCGUCACGCCUCAUCCCUGGUGUUCUAGUUUGAUUUUUUUUCUCUGAGCUGUAGUUUAUUUAAUAGCAUGAAGGGAAUAGAUUUCUUCCACCUCUUAGAGCCCUCCCUCCUCUGAAAACAGGGCUUAUGACGGAAGGGUCUUCCUGAUAUCUCUGUCCCUUAUUUUCCUCCUCACCCCUAAAUGCAUCACACAAGCGAUCUAGCCUACCUGCUUACAAGUUACAGUGCAAUUAGUCUCAUUUGCUGGAAACAGAAGCACCAUUUGUCUUGAUUCAUCUGUAUCACCCUCCCAGCAAGCAUAAUCAGUGGAUGUGAUGCACUACAUUGUACCCUCCUGAGGCAUAUCAAAAUAAUACGAUACAAUAUUUCAGAAACUGAAAUGCAACCCGUAUAAGAACCCUCAAUGCCACGAAGUGCAUUUAUUCAAUGUCAAAAAGUAUUGUUUCCAUACUUGGAAAAUAUACAAAGCAAAAAUAUACAUUUCCGUUGAUGUUACUGCUAGUGUAGCAUACUUGAAGUUAUUUUCUUUUAGAUCAAAAAUUGUUUUACCCCUCCUCACCAAACCAUAUAUUGUACAGUAAGUUUUAGAAAUUGGCCUGUGGAUUCUGAAGAGUGUAUGGCCUGUAUGGCCUGAUAAUCAGUAAACCUACUCUUGUUUUGUUUUUAUUCAUUUCCUCUCUGAUCUACUUGUUGUUCAGUCUUGUGCAGGUUUUAGUGUGGCUAACCUAUGCAAUUCUACAGUAGUGCUCAUAUUAUCAUUAGACACCACAGUGCUGUAUUCAGUAGAGGUCUAGCCUUGCCAGUAGAGUUUUAGUUGUGUUGCUGUGAAACGGAUGUACCUAGUGUGUUUGCUAGGGGAAACAGUGACAAGUAUAAUCUAUUUGAUUAUAUGAAAACUGUUGAAAUGAGCAAACAGCAAAUGUUAAUAUGUGAAAGCAAAGAGUUAUCUAGUGUGUACCUUAUAUUUUUAUGAAAUAAGAAGAAAAAAAUCAAAAAGAAAGGGACAUUAAAUAAACAUGUGAAUGUAA